GCCGGGCCGGGCGAGCGCGGGAGGCAGGGCCGGGUUGGUGGUGGACCGGCGGGGACAAGGAUGGGGACUCGACGGGCAUCGUCAGGGAGGUUGUGUGUGUAUGACAGUGUGUCACUUUGUUACUGUGUAUAAUUAUGUGACAGGCUGGUGUGACAGAAUGUGAUCUUGUGUAUCACUGUGUGUGCUUGUGCGUGACUGUUUCUGGGGAAAAAACUGUGAAUAUAUGUUUUGGGUGUAACUGUCUCCCCAAGUAUAACUGUGUAUGGGUUUGUGAGACACUGGGAUGUGACAUUGUGUGUGUGUCUGUGAAUGUGUGUGUGAUUAUGUUUGACCACCUGUCUCUGCAGAUACAACUGUGUUUGAAUGUGUGUGACAGCAAGUGUGAUUGUGUGACCAUGACUGCCUGUCUCUGCAGGUAUAAUUUAGUGUAAGUAAUUGUGACAAGAUGUAUGACUUGUGUGGUAUGCCACCAUGUGUGUGAUUGUGUGACUGUUUUUCUGUUGGAAAAAUUGUGUGUGACCAUCUCUCCAUAUCUGUGCUGUGCACAUGUGUGGCAUUAUGGGUGUAAGUAUGCAAUCAUGUAUAUGUUUGUGAUUAGGCGAUAAUUUGUAUGUAUGCCAGGUCAUGGGUGUGAUUGUGUGGGACCUGUUCUGUGAUUGUGAGGCACAGAAAGAUUAAACUUACCCAAAUUCACACAGUUCUUAAGUGACAGAACCAGGAUUCAAACCCAAGAAGUUUGGCUCUAGACUUCUAGCUUUUUAUUACUAAACUCCCUUGAUCUUUCCACAUGGGAACCCUGAAUUUUGAGGGUGUUGGAGAGGACUGUCUCUGUUCUUGGGUUAGAACAUGGGAACUUAAAUCUGGAUCUCUUCCUUUAGUCCCUAUGUGAGUCACAGGACCUAAAGAUAUUGUAGUGAGGCCAUCCUCACAUUGGCUGCUUUGGAGGGAAGAAAGCCCAGUCAUCUCCUCAGAUUUUAGCUUUGUCCUUGUCAAUACUCUUCCAUGUCUGGUGCUGAGAGAGUCUGGAUCGAUGAAUCUUUUUUUAAUGUACCAAGUGAGCUGGGUUUUUGGUUUUGACUUUCUCAGUUAAUAAUAAUAAAAAGUUUUCAUUUCAUUUCCAAAUGUGUAUGUAGAAUCUAAGCAGAAAGAUGGGUACUUUGCUAUUCCAGGUGUUGGCUCAUGUAAUCUUGACAGUGAGGAAAGAAAGGUUCUGAGAGAUGGAUUAACUUGCCUGAAGUCAUGUAGCCAACCAGGAAGAGAGUGGAGAGUCAACCUGUGUCUGGAAGCUAAAUAAAACCCAAUUUUUUUCCAUCACACCUUCUUCAAGGACUGAUGGCUCAUUUUAAACUUAGAAACGUAUUACCCAAGGGAUACACAGGUAUCAGGACAGAACAAACAAACUGAAAACAAAUUUCUUUUAUGCAGGUGCUUCUACUCCCAGAUGCCAAGAAGACUACAUUGUUUCUCUUUUCAGAUUGCAGAGGCUUUAUAUCAAGUUCGAGCUGUAGUGCACUAAGGAAAUAACUUUCCUAGAGACUGAGUUGGCUAGUGCAGAGUAGCCCAGAAUUAGGGGGUCAUGUAUCCUGAACUGUAGGUCAAACACAACUUUCUCCAUUUUCAGAAUGAAGAAAUAUUGGCUCUGAGAGGACAAGGAACUUAGGCUGCACAAUUUAUUAUUGGUUUAGUAUUAAAAUUUAGCAAUGCUUCUUCCCUCAGGCUGCAUUUUUGUCGAGUAAUAAAGGUAACAUCAGCCAUAUCUAAAGAUGCUUUUCUAAGGAAUAUAUGGCAUCAGUUCCUCUGGUUUUGUUGAAUAUUUCCCAUUCAGACAUCUUGGUUCUUGAGUUUUUGAAUCACACUUCUUAUGGCUUUGACUUGGUUGUUUAAGCUUCUUGAACCUCCAUUUCACUUAUUAGUAAAAUAAUUAUAAUACCUACCUUUGUAGUUUUGUGAGGAUUAAAUGAAAUAAUGAUAUACACCUGUGGUCCCCAUGCCUGGGCCAUGGACCAGUACCGGUCUGUGGUGUGUUAGGAACCAGAACACACAGUAGGAGGUGAGAAGCAGGUGAGACAGUGAAGCUUUGUCUGUAUUUGAAGCUGCUCCCCGUGGCUCACACCACUGCAUAAGCUCUGCCUCAGUGGCAGCAUUAGAUUCUCAUAGGAGUGUGGACCCUACUGUAAACUGUGUAUGCUAGGGAUCUAGGUUACAUGCUCUUUGUGAGAGUCUAAUGCCUGAUGAUCUGAGGCGGAGCUGAGGCGGUGGUGUUAUAGUGCUGGGGAGCAGCUGCAAAUACAGAUUAUCAUUAGCAGAGAGGUUUGACUGCACAAUAAAUGCACUCAGCUGCAAUAAUGCACUCAAAUCAUCCUGAAACCAUCCCCCCAACCCCAUCCAUGGAAAAAUUGUCUUCCGUGAAAUUGGCCCCUGGUGCCAAAAAGGUUGGAGACUGCUUACAUACACAACAUGAGUAACAUUGUAUAUUUAUAUUAGGCACAGUAAGAUUUAUUCAUUUAUCUAAUAUUUUUGAGCACCCACAUGGUUUUAGUAUUGUUCUAGUGCUAGAACACACCAGUAAACCAAACAAAUCCUAGCUCCUUUGGAUAUUAGUCUUGUUUGGGAAAACAAACAAUAAACAAACCAAAAGGUAUGUAACACAUUCAGUGGCGAUAAAUGCUAAGAAGAGAAAUAAAUCAGGAUAAGGCAAAAGGGAGUGACUGGAAGAGGGGUUGUCUUUAGAUAGAAUUUUCAGGGAAGACCCUCUGAUGUAGUGAUACCUGAGCAAAGAUAGGAAUAAAGAAAGGGAGUGAGCCAUGCUGAUAUGUAGCAGAGGCUUCCACGCACAAGGAAAAGCAAGGCAACAGCCUUGAAGGAGGCAUGUACACAGUGUUUGAGGAACAGUAAGGAGACCUGUUGCCUGGAGUGGGGUGAGCAAGGGAGAGAAGGGUAGACAAUGAGGUCAAAAUGGGUAGCCAGCUGCCUUGUUGGCCAUGGGAUAAACCAGAUUUUGUUGAGUUUAGGCCAUGUGUUCUUGAUAUAACUUAAGACUUCUGGAGUUAAGUUCAGCAUUAGCCUUUUUCUCAGAUCUUGGAAAACAUGAGGCUGGUUCAUGUAAGGAGGUGGGGACCAUAAAGGGGCAAUAGUUCUGUCUUUUGAAUCUUGGACCAACAACAUAGGGCUGGGAUGUCAUUUUUUUUCUUCCGUAACUCUCCCUUGUUGGGACUUUGUUCUUCUCCAAAAGAGAAAACUGAAGAAGGAAAGAGGAAUGGCUGUUGGACUUUGUAAAACCAUGUCUCAGGGGUUGGUGACCUUCAGAGAUGUGGCUCUAAACUUUUCCCAAGAAGAGUGGGAAUGGCUGGACCCCUCUCAGAAAGAUUUAUACAAAGAUGUCAUGCUGGAGAACUACAGGAAUUUGGUAUGGCUUGGACUCUCCAUUUCUAAGCCCAACAUGAUCUCCUUACUGGAGCAAGGAAAGGAUCCUUGGAUGGUGGAGACAGAGGUGUCACAUAGUCAAUGUGCAGACUGGGAAUCUUGGUGUGAAAUCAAGGAAUUAUCUCCAAAAUGGUUCAUUGAGGAAGAAGAAAUGUACCAGGGGAUGGUAAUUGAAAGACUAAGUCGUGGACUUGAAUGCUCCAGUUUCAGAGGAGCCUGGAAAUAUGAGGAUGAAUUUGAGCAGCAUCACGGAAAUCAAAAGAGGCAUGUCAGGCAAGUAACAACUGUUGAGGAAAUCUCUACUGGGAAAAGAGACAAUGAAUAUAAUAAUUCUGGGAGAAGUAUCCCCCUGAAGUCAGUACUUUUAACACAACAGAAAGUUCCUACCGUAGAAAAAGUACAUAAAUUUGAUAUUUAUGAUAAACUUUUCCCCCAAAAUUCAGUCAUAAUUGAAUAUAAAAGACUCCAUACUGAGAAGGAGUCUUUGAUAGGUAAUGAAUGUGAUGAAUUCAACCAGAGUACACACUUCAGUAAAGAUAUAGGAGUUCCUUCUGGUGAAAAGCCUUAUGAAAGUAAUGAUUUUUCGAAUCUCUUAAGUUUCCACUCAUUAUUUACUCAACAUCAGACCACUCAUUUUGGAAAAUUACCUCAUGGAUAUGAUGAAUGUGGUAAUGCUUUUAGUUGUUACUCAUUCUUUACCCAACCUCAGAGAAUUCAGAGUGGAGAGAAACCAUAUGCAUGCAAUGACUGUGGGAAAGCCUUUAGCCAUGACUUCUUUCUCAGCGAACAUCAGCGAACUCAUAUUGGAGAGAAACCAUAUGAAUGUAAGGAAUGUAACAAAGCCUUCAGGCAGAGUGCACACCUUGCUCAACAUCAGAGGAUCCACACUGGAGAGAAACCAUUUCCAUGCAAUGAAUGUGGGAAGGCCUUUAGCCGUUAUGCGUUUCUUGUUGAACAUCAGAGAAUUCACACAGGGGAGAAACCAUAUGAAUGUAAGGAAUGUAACAAAGCCUUCAGACAGAGUGCACAUCUUAAUCAACAUCAGAGGAUUCACACUGGAGAAAAACCCUACAAAUGUAAUCAAUGUGGAAAAGCCUUCAGCAGACGCAUAGCCCUUACUCUCCAUCAAAGAAUCCACACAGGAGAGAAACCCUUCAAAUGUAGCGAAUGUGGGAAGACCUUUGGCUAUCGCUCACACCUAAAUCAACACCAGAGAAUCCAUACCGGAGAAAAGCCCUAUGAGUGCAUCAAAUGUGGAAAGUUUUUUAGGACUGACUCACAACUUAAUCGACACCAUAGAAUUCAUACUGGAGAGAGACCAUUUGAAUGCAGUAAAUGUGGGAAAGCCUUUAGUGAUGCUUUAGUUCUAAUUCACCAUAAGAGAAGUCAUGCAGGAGAGAAACCCUUUGAAUGUAACAAAUGUGGGAAAGCCUUCAGUUGUGGCUCAUACCUUAAUCAACAUCAGAGAAUACAUACUGGAGAGAAACCCUAUGAAUGUAAUGAAUGUGGGAAGGCUUUCCAUCAGAUCUUGUCCCUUAGGUUACACCAGAGAAUUCAUGCUGGAGAAAAACCUUAUAAAUGUAAUGAAUGUGGGAAUAAUUUUAGCCGUGCCUCAGCCCUUAGACGACAUCAGAGAAUGCAUAAUAGAAAAAACCUCUGAUUACAACAAGUAUAGGAAAGAAAACAUUUAGUCACUGAGACCUUAUUGAAUCUCAGUGAGUUAUUUUUGGUUAGUAAUUCUAUGAAUGUAAUAUGGAAAAGCCUUUAGUUCAUGAGCAUCCAUUAUUUGAAAUAUCCUGAGUAGUAGACAUCUGUUACUUUAUGAUCUGUUGUAUACCUGACUUGCCCCACCUUCAAUGCGUAUGUUUCUGAUAAAACUGUUAAUCAGGGACAGCAAUGGAUUGGUCAUAGGCUGGCCAAUGAUUUUCCCCAAUCUAGUGGUUAAGAAAGGAUUGGCAAAAGGCCCUGUCUGACUGGAUCAAUCUAGAGCCCUUUGGUGGUAUUAUUAUGGGUAAGAGAUAAGAUCUUUUUUUUUUUUUGGUCUGGAAUUGUAAAUUUCAAGGAUUAAGUGAGAUUAUAAACUAACCAGUUCGCUGGGCACGGUGGCUCAUGCCUGUAAUCCUAGCACUCUGGGAGGCUGAGGCUGGAGGUUCGUGCAAGGUCAGGAGUU